CUCGCGGUCGAGAACAUUGAAGUUGGAUGCGGUGCUCGCUGGAUUUCGUGCCAGGGCGUCGAUCACCGCCGCCCCGUGAGUAUGAUCACGAGCUAAAUUGCAGCAAUUCGGUUCUUCUGUCCUUAUCAUGCGAUACCUGGCCUCCACGGUAGUCUGUCGUUCUUUACGCCGCGGAAUUCUAUUUUGUGUCGCCCUUCUUCUGCGCGUUUUUCUCCGUUCUUGCUUUUGUAGGGCGAAUUUUACUAAUUUUGUGAGGAGUUUGCGCUUUUUCCUUCCGAGUUUGAGUCUGGCGUCUUGCGUCCCUUCAGUUUGAGGUUUCUCGGCGCUGAGUUGCAGAGCGCGGAUUUUCUUCGUCAUCGGUUUUAUGGAUUUUUGUCCUUUUUCGUCAUUUUCGUUCGUAUAAUUAAGGAUUCUUUCAGCUUUCUGCAGUUUUUUUUUUCUCUGUUGUUGACGGUUGUGUUUCGAAGAAGGCGGAAGCGUCCAUUUUAUACGUGUAUUUUCUGACCUUCAUCUUGUGGGUGGAUUUCUUCCUUUUUAUUGUGCCUCCCGUUUCGAAAUUUUGUUGUGGGAGUUGAAUUUGUGGCCGCAAGUGUCGGUUUUGUGUCAGGGAGAGUCGCCUUAUCGGAGUUCUUCUAGUGCUUGGGUGGCGUCAAUUCUCAGCUUUCUUUAGUGUGAACCGGUGUGGAGGAUUCAAAGUCAGUAUCUGUGCGUGAAUUGCAUAGGAGACUUCGAUAGAUUGUAUUCAGUGCAUGCCAUGAAUUGGAUUCGGAACGCUCGUAUUCCUCGAGCGCGCAGCGCUCUCUGCUGGCGGAAGGGUGCCUGGUCUUCGAACUCACUGAAUAGUUAUCCUCGCUCGGUGGGUAAAGAGUACAUCGGAGGAACGAGUUGUAGAUCAGAUAUGGAAAUUGCAGUUGCGCCUGGAGUUAACAUUUGUCAAAUAUUUUCCGGAGGAAGUUUGGGAGCAAGUCAUGAACCUGCAAGAAGUCGAGCGAAUGUUUCCAUUCGACCUGUUGCUUCAUCGACAAAGUACAGCUCGUGUGCGCGAGGACCAGUACGCAUGUCAUGGAGAUCUCCACGAUCUCAAGUUGUAACCAUGAAGGUCCUUUUUUCGAAUUUGUCUACCACUGAGUCGGAGAAUUUUCCAUCCAGUUUGUUGGAUAAAGUGAAGAUGAGAUUAGGUUUCAAGGAGAAGGUUGAAACGCCUGUCACGAAGGAGGAAGUAGAUGAAAAAGUCCGUGAAGACAAUGAGAUGAAUCAGGAGAUUGGAGGUAAGCUAGAAAGAGAAGUUGCCAGAACUAGGUCGGCGACUCUGGAGAGAGAAAAGGAGGAUGACGAAAUUGCGUCACUAGAGAGGGAUGAAGUACAUCCAGAAGUGGUAUGGGGACAACAGGAGAAAGAUAAGAAGGCAGAAGAAGAAAAGAAGCCAGUGUUGACAAGUCCUGGCUUCAGCUUUUCAGCAGCCGGUCUCUUGUUUCCGUAUCACCUGGGAGUGUGCCAAUGUUUGAUGGAAAAUGGCCACCUGACGGACACUACUCCACUGGCCGGAUCAUCAGCUGGGGCACUUGUUUGCGCCGUUGUAGCCGGUGGUGUGUCAAUGUCGGAUGCUAUGCUUGCAACCAAAGAACUUUCUAAAGAUUGUCGGGAGAACGGAACAGCUUUCAGACUAGGCUCUGUGUUGAGAGUAUUUUUGGAGAACUUCUUACCUGAAGAUGCACACCUAAGAGUCAGCGGUAGGAUCCGAGUUGCAGUUACACAAGUUUUUCGAUCUCCGAAGGGUUUGCUUGUUGACAAGUUCGAUUCGAAGGAGGACCUUAUCAAUGCACUUCAUACUUCGUGUUUCAUUCCAGGAUAUUUGGCACCGAGACCGGUUACAUUAUUUCGAAACACUAUUUGUGUGGACGGAGGGCUGACGCUUUUCAUGCCUCCAACAGCUGCUGAAAAGACGGUUAAAGUUUGUCCUUUCUCAGCAGCUGCUUAUGGGAUUAAAGGUAUCGAAAUAUCUCCGGACUGGAACCCGAAAGAAACAAGAGCUACCAACAGACAGCUGCUGAGUUGGGCACUUGAACCCGCCGACGAUGAUGUAUUGGACCAACUGUACGAAGUUGGAUACGAAGAUGCCUCGGUGUAUGUCAACAGACUGUCUUCCUUGACCAAAUAGGAAGCUUGCGACUUUUCAAUCCUCCCUAUUCUCUGUAAAUAGAAGCUUGUCGACUUUGUCAAGAGACAUGCGUACGGAGAAGUACCAUAGAAGCCUACCAUCAUUAGAUAAUGCUCGUGUAAAACAGCCCCAGCCUAAAUGUACAACACAGUCGAGUAGAAGACGAACAACCAGUACAUGUGGUUUUAUUUCUGACAGCUGCUCAAUCGAAGCAGAUGCUUGUAACAAUUGCAAGGAAAGACAACGGAUAGAUGUAAGUAUUAGAAACAUUCUUCUGGUUGGACGUUCUUUAGAUUUCCUUACGGUGCCAUUGCUACCAAGUUAAGUCCGGAAAGUUCAGAAUUGUAAUGUCAAGAAGAAAGACAGCGCAUUGUUGCGUCUUUGGUUCACCUCUUUUAUGGGUUAGUCAAAAGACACGAAGAGCUUCGUUUGCAGCAGUGGAUCUUCAUUUUAAUGACAGAAAAAUUCGUCCAAACUCCAGAGGGUCACUGUCUAUUCAGAUGUUUUAUGAUAUAUUCAAUUUGCAUGUUCACUACUAACUUCGCAGUCUUCAGCAGUAUGGUGUAUACUUUUUCGAGGAUUGCAUACACCCUGGUGUUUUCAAAAGUGGUUGAGUGCUUGUUUACGCUAUCUCAACCUCGAACUUGUCGCAUGAAGAGUUUUAAUAUCAUCGGCAUGAGAUGGAGCAAGUUUUAUUGUUCGUCGGCACCCCGGGCGAGUGUAGUUUAGUGAAUCGCGUUGCUCAUGCGUUGCUCACGGAUUUCUAAUGUGUCGGAAGUUGGAGAGGAUUUGAAGAGUAACUGCUCUUACCUU